UCCUGCUGCUCUUGGUAUAUCCACUAGCGCACUCCGUGGCGAUCAUAGGCUUCCCCAACACGAGAGGCGGCGGAGCGCGGAUGGUAAUGCUGUCCCUCAAGGCGGCGCUCGCCUCGGCCGUGGUGGUGGUAACGGCGGCCGCGAUGCUGCUCCACGCGGGUCCACCUAUUAAACGGCUCCUCGCCGCCGAGGUCCCACGGGCGUUCGCCUCCAUUGUUGUCUGGCUCACACCGCCCUACCUCUACGUUGUACUCAACGCUGUCAUCCUUUGUAUCGCCGCCUCCUUCCGCUUCGACAAGCCGCACGCCGAAUCCACCGAGUUGGCAUCUUCUCUGACGCCUGAAAUGGUUGUUCACCUCAUGGAAUACAUGCCUCCUUACGAGGAGGAGCUAGUGGAAGACGCCUCCUCCAGGCGGUUCGUCACCGCGACGACGGAGGAUGACAGAGGAGACCAGGAAGCGAUAGUUCUGGGCGAGAAGGAGACGGUGUCCAAGGCGGAGACAGUGGGAGUAGAACAAGAAGUGGGUCAGGAAUUCGUGACUUCGAGCUCAAACUUCUCUCCGGAGCAGAGGCCGUCGACGGAGUUCCCGAUGGAGUACCUGGCCGGGUUGGAGAAACCGCUUGUUUCGAUCAGAUUCGGACACCGCAAGAGCCUCAAGCCCGGCCCUGACGGUAAGGCGUUGAGGAGGGUGGCAAGGCCAAGGCGAGAGGAGACGCUGGAGAGCACGUGGCGGACGAUUACGGAGGGCCGUGCGAUGCCGCUCGCGCGCCACCUCAAGAAAUCCGACACGUUGGACACACGUGUCGUUCGCGAGGAUGCGGCAGAACCGGAUGCGGCGGCGGCGAUCCGGAAGUCAGAGACGUUCAGCGACUGCGCCACCGCGAGACCGCUGGCUGACGGAGGCGUCGGGGGGUCAUCGUCUUCUUUGACGUCGAAAACGUCGGGAGUGGGGCGGGGGAGGCUGCGGAGGGAGCCGUCGCUGGGGCAGGAGGAGCUGAACCGGCGGGUGGAGGCGUUCAUAAAGAAGUUCAACGAGGACAUGAGGCUGCAGCGGCAGCAGUCGCUUCAGCAAUUCAUGGAGAUGAUCAACCGUGGGAGUCACUGAUCAAUCUCACUACUGGUAGAAGAUAUAUAAGCACGACUCGCUGUUUGUGUUUGGUUAUGGCUAUUGGUUUCUUUCCCUUUCGGCUUUAAUUCUGUGCUAUAUUUCUGUUCAUUUGCAAGUUCGUAAAAUGUAAGAGAUUGCAGUCUGUUCCUCGACGAGUAACCAGCUACCCUGUGAAGCUGUAUCAUUGGUGACAGGGCGCCCGUGUUCUCGUUGAGUGUGGAGGUCACUGAGACGACGAGGUGGACGGCAAGAGGGAGGGUUAUGGCUCCAUUGAUCACCCACUAACUAUAUUCUAAGUGCAAUUG